AUGCAGAAGACGGCAAGGUCAGGUUCAGCGCCUCAUUCACGGGGCCGUGAAAAGCCAGUGCCCUUGCCUCCAAGUGGAAGACCGAGGUCCGCAUCUCAAGGAAUACCUCCGGUUUCUCCAAAAAAGAACAAGAAACCUGUGACGAAAACUGCCAAGAAAGUCAAAACACUUGCAGAAAGUUGCUCCAUUGCCAUGUCAAGAACAGAAUCUGUACUUGUGUCCGCUACAGGAGAUGUAAUGGUGUCUAGAUGCCGGCGGUCGUCGACUCCUUAUCUAACCAAUGUUGCCGGAGUGUCAGAACCCAACAUUUGUUUUGAAUCUGAUUUCGGAGCCAUGUCUGAUUUUAUGUCUACCAUUGAUGUUCCAUGGUCUAAUAAAUUGACCAAUGGUGGUGCAGACAAUUAUAUUCCAAGAGGUGAUGAAAGCGUCGCGUCAGGUGUAUCAUCCUACGAAUGGGAAAAACUUGACAAGCAGGUUAUGAGAAAGAAGAACAUUAGCAAAAGUGAACCCAAACGAAUAAUCAAGGACCCACCAACAAAGACUUCUCCUAAAGAAUCAGGUGUGGAACUGGUAUUUUCCAGCAUGGACUCAAAGGAUUCGGAACUGAGUGACACAGUCGGCAUUAUCUCAAUGCCAAGCUUUGACUACUCGCAUAUACACGAGGGCAAUAACGAUAUGAUUCCUCCUAACUUUCGAAUGAAGAAAUUGCCCCCAACCAUUCAUGAAUCGCCGUUUGAGGAAAAGAAAGAAGAGGACGACACUGCUAUAGCAGAGGUCCAACCAUUUUUCCACGGCGUUCCUGUUUUUCUCACGUCUCUAUCACAAAUUCGAAUAACCAAAGUUUCAGCCAAUCCGCUUGGGGCACAUGUCCUGAUGAUAUCAGCGGAAGCGCUCUUGUUAACAUAUGGUCUGAAUAAUCAUGGCCAACUAGGGAUUGGAAUCAAAUCAAGUCUCAAAGAUGGAUCACGAGGAUUCGUCACAUCACCAACCCUUGUUACGCCAUUGUUGGAGAAUGGUGGGAAGACGAUCAACUGUGCAGCUGGUAUUGACCACUCACUAGUUGUUGUGUCAACAGAGGGGAGGCGGUUGCAAAAAAUAAAGAGAAACUGUGAUGAACACUCGGAUGAUGGUAUUGUUUCGUUGAAACGACAGACGUCAUCGCCAUCGCGGUUUGAAGAUGAUGACUUGGACGUUUCGGACGAAUCGGUGCAACACCACCAAGUCUAUGGUUUUGGACACAAUGACUUUUUGAAGGUGGGUUUAGUCAAUGCAUCCUUAGAAGGAGACAGUGAUUUUGCGAAUGAAGAUGAAGAUAUAUUAUUGCCCCACCGAGUCGCUUUACAUUGUACUGUCUGGCCAGAGGACAACUUGGCAUCCAAGGGGUCGCUCCCGCCUCAAGGAAUUUUUGAUAUUGCUGCAUCUGCAGAGCACUCAGCUGCCCUGAUGCGACGACCCACAGGAGAUGUUGAAGUAUACAUGUGGGGAAAUGCAAGUAUGGGUGCGCUUGGAAAGUUUGAUGGCAAUGGUAAAAAUGUUGUUGUGACGGGCGAAAUUGGAAAGAAACCAGUGUCCAAUGUGGAAACUGUGUUUCCGCAUCCUACUCUGAUAGAAGAUUUGUCGUACACGACGAAAGAUUCAACAAUUGGUGUCCCAAUGUCGUUGGCUCUUGGACGAUACUGCUCAUUUGUUCUCAUGUCAAGUGGCAGGUGCAUGUCAUUUGGAUUCAGUGCCGAAGGUAUGCUUGGACAAGGAUUUGGAAUGACGCAUACGAGUGAACCGAAAGAGAUAUUUCUUCCUCAACAGGGCGACUCUGAGGCUAGCAACACAAUAGUAGCACUCAGUACCGGCGCAUGUCACGUGCUUUGCACCACAGCAGACGGAGGGACCUGGUCCUGGGGAGUCGAUAAGGAUGGACGCCUCGGUCUCCGCGUCAGUGAUUUCGGUAGUUUUGGACCAGGAGAAGGUGCGCAGACCCUCGCCAUCGAGUGGGUACCGCAACGAAUUGAUAUCAAGCAGCAUGCCUCUCGAAACCAUAGUGGAUCUGCUGAUGAUUCAACUACUUGUGUUCAGGUCUGUGCCGGUUAUGAUAGCUCCAUUCUACUGAUGCGGUCGGGGCAAGUACUUUCAUUUGGCAAGAAAUCUGGUCGGCUUGGAAAGGGUGAGGUAGAUACAGAUGUCCUGGAUCCUCAGCCACUCCAUGGUGGAUUGUGUCUUUUUCAUGAUCAGAGCGACAAGGUUUCAAAAGGACGCCUGAACACGAAGGCUCCUCCUAAAGUCCCAGGCAGAAAGAAUAUAAUGCGUGCGCGAUCAGACUUGUAG